AAGGCAAGGGCGAGGCAGAGAGAGAAGGUUGGACGCCGCCGAAGACGAUAGAUCUCUCGCGCGAUGCCGAAAUCCAAGCGCGAUAGACCUGUGACUUUGUCGAAGACGAAGAAGAAGGGAAAGGCGCACAAGGAGGCCAUUGUCAGCUCCAUAAAGAAGGCUUUGGAGGAUUAUAGCUCAGUGUAUGUUUUCACUUUCGAGAACAUGAGGAAUCAGAGAUUUAAGGAGUUCAGGGAGCAGAUGAAGUCCAGCAGUAGAUUCUUUCUUGGAGCAAACAAAGUGAUGCAGUUUUCUUUGGGGCGGUCUGCAGCUGAUGAAGGAAAGCCGGGAAUCCAUAAACUUUCAAAGUUCCUUCAAGGUGAUUCUGGACUGUUUUUUACAAACUUGGGCAGAGAUGAGGUUCAAAGAUUAUAUGAAGGUUAUGAGGAACAUGACUUUGCAAGGACCGGAGCUCUUGCUACUGAAACGGUAGAACUAAAAGAGGGCCCAUUGGAGCAGUUCACGCAUGAAAUGGAGCCUUUCCUUCGGAAACAGGGCUUGCCUGUUCGCUUGAAUAAAGGAGUGAUAGAACUGGUUUCUGAUUUUGUCGUGUGUGAAGAAGGGAAGCCUUUAUCUCCUGAAUCAGCCCGCACAUUGCGUUUGCUUGGCAUAAAAAUGGCUACCUUCCGCCUCCAUCUUGUUUGUCGGUGGAGCCCUGAUGAUUUUGAAGUCUAUCGAGAAGGGUUGGAUCUUUCCGACAUCGAAUCCUCAUAGUUUACUUGAUUACUUCUGAGUGCAAUGUGAUAGUUUGUUUUAUGUAGUACGUACAAGUUGUGAUGGUGGGCUGUUGUGGCAUUGUGCUGUUUUGAUGUUUCUGACCCUACAAGUUUCUCAAAAUUUUGGUCUGUAUCAUUAUUUAUUUGUUCAAGAGGCACUUCAUACUAAAACGGCCGCUAGGCUUCUUGUCUGCCAGAUUUUGGGUUUACAUGAUUAUUGAUUGAGGGGAGGAUGGACAACUUAUGAAUUUUCA